AGUAUACCUAAAUACGCUGAAAACAGUAGGACCAAACGAUGAAACUGAAAAUGGCACGAACAAAUGACCUGAACCUGGCUUCUAUUCUGAAAUUCAUUGUUGUACAAGUUUACCCUAGAGAGAGCAGCACUGUUCAUAAAAGAUGGCGUUGCGAGCUUCGUAAAACUGAAUUGCAAUUUUCAAUAAAAAACCGGAGCUUGACUCGGGCUCCCGAAAUUUUAGGGCCGGUCCUGGUUUCAGCUCUUUUUUAAACGUGUUAUGAUUCAACUUCGCGGUUGAAAUCGUGAUUCUAGGAUUCGAAAAACACAACCUCGUGGUCCUCGAAUUUAUCAUCAGAAACAUGUAGAUUGAUGAUGGAAAAUGAUCCCAAGAAUGACCAGCUAAGGCCAAAGAUAACCACGUGUGACGAUCUCUCUAUGCUUAAUUAUAAAACAAAAAUACUCGAAUUAGAAGAAGAAAGAAAUGGAUAAAAUUGACCAAUGUUCCCCGAGCGACUAUAAACGAAAAAAAAGAUUGGAGCGCAAACUUCAAUUCGAUCAAGCAAUUUCGAAGGCAAAUACGAUUAGAACUAUAUCCGAAACUCAAGACUAUUUGAAGGAAAGAAAAAUUUUCGAUAUAUUCCAUUUCCUUCUCGGCCAUUUGAUUGUUCAUCGACCACCAAAUCCUAUCGAGUAUUUGUAUCAACUCCUCGACGAUUGUAUAUUAUUCAGAUCAGGAUUUAAAGGGCCACGAUUAUUUUGGAUGGAAAGACACAUCGAGGCGGUAUUCCAAAAGGUCAGUACCGGUACCCCGAAUCUUCUAUCGGAAAAUCGUUACAAAACUGCAAUGAAAAUUUUGGGUAUACCCUGUCGUAAUAUUUGUCCCGAGGAACGUGCGCCUGGACACGUAGACAAGGAAACAUUUUGCGCGGAGGCAUUGAACAGCAUGGAAAAUGAAUUCGCUCGUAUCAUAAGGCCAGCUAAUCGACGCGGUUCCCCCGAUUGCGUCUGCGACACGUUCGACGUAUAAGGACAGUUUAGGAUAGUAAAAUAAGUGCAACUAGUAUAGUAAGAAAGAAAGGAACGACGACUACAGUUCCAGAGUCUCAGUCCAUAGGAAGUGGAAUACCUUGUCGUCCUAAAAGACUCGUAACGAAAGGAAACGGAAAGGGAGAGAAAAAGAUAGGAAACGAUAAUGGUAGCUGGAGGGGAGGAAAGAGAGAAGAAGGGUGAGAGUCAAAAGACGAAGCGAGUCGAGGCGAAACGAGUCGAGUCGAGUCGGAGCGAACAAACUAACGACUAUCAACGUGAAAAGAAUAACAGGGAAGGGAGAAAGCGGACAACGGAAUACUGGAGAAAAAUAAUCUUGUAUAUACGAGUGUAAACCAGGCUUUACGACACCGAUUACAUUAUUUCGAUAGAGAACAACCAGUUUUUUACUGCGUUCGACGCGCUGCAAGCAUGAUCCUUCGGCUACGUUCGAUCUGGUUAGUUGUGCAUAAACGAUCGUACGAUCGCGCGACUGGAAGGUUCAGUGCAGAAACGAGAGCGAGCAUUUCGCAAGAGUGAACCGCGCAAGGACGUUAUCAAUUCGUUUGAACAUUUAUACUGGGACAUUCCUUCUGCGUAUCGUUCGACGAUGGUGAUCAAUUCUGAGAAUAGUUACCCGGAGCUGGUAAUAUAAUGGCGAUGGAAUCGCGUUAGAACGGUGAAAGCCCUGUAUCUAAGGAGCUAAGAGAGAAGAUAAAUCCUGGUGUAGAUUUAAAUACUCUCUGCACCCCUGUCGUUUAAAAAACGAUUUCCUCGAAGAGUUUCUUCAAAAAGAAACCCACUAUGAGAAUGUCUUUCGAGCUGGACAAAUAAACUCGAAAUCGAAAGUCUAAUUAUUAUUAUUAUAUACAUAUAUGUAUGUAUAUAUGGACGAGAGGAAGGAAAUUGAAAUGUA